CGCAUCCGAAGGGCAUCAUGCUGCAGAAGUUGCUUCAAGGACGAAUGCUUCUCCCACUGAUCCUUGUGACCGGCAUUGGAGGUGGCUUCCAGUACGGAUUCAACAUGUCAUCCAUCAAUGCGCCAUCAGCGUUCAUUAAGGAAUUCAUUGCUGAGACGUGGGUCCAACGCUUUGGAAAAUCGGUGGACGGAACUUCAGUGAAACUGCUCUGGUAUGUCAUCGUCUCGGUUUAUCCAAUCGGAGGAUUGCUUGGAGCCCUAAACGCCGGCCACCUCUCGGUGAAGUACGGGAGGAAGAACGCUUUGCUCUUCAACAACAUUGUGGCCAUCACAGCAUCAAUAAUAAUGAUGUUCAGCAAGAGGGUCCAGUCGUUUGAGAUGAUUCUGGUGGGGCGACUUCUGUAUGGGAUCAAUGCGGGAAUUGGCCUCAACGUUCACAGUAUGUACCUCGGGGAAAGUGCGCCGAAGGAACUGCGAGGCCUGGUGUCCCUGACCCGUGCAAUGUUCGUUGCCUUCGGUAAAUUCAUAGGACAAGUGGUUGGACUCAGGGAGAUUUUGGGAACGGAGACCGCCUGGCCCCUGUUGUUGGCUUUCAGUGGCCUUCCUGCCCUCAUCCAGCUCAUCCUGCUGCCCUGGUUCCCAGAGAGCCCCAGAUACUUGCUGAUCGACAGGGGUGAGAAGGACCUGUGUGUGGACGCUCUCCGCAGACUCUGGGGUCAGGGAGAUUUCUAUGAGGAGGUUCAGGACAUGGAGGCGGAACAAGCUGCAAGCAAAGGCGAGCGAGCAAAGACGGCCCGCGAGCUGUUCCAAGACCGCUCGGUGCGAUGGCAACUCAUCACCAACAUCAUGCUCACCGUCGCAAUGCAGCUGUGUGGCAUCAAUGCGAUCUAUUUCUAUUCUUCUGAGGUGUUCCAGGAAGCCGGGAUUCCGGACUGGACGAUCCCGUACGUGGUGGUGGGGGCGGGCGCCACACUGCUGCUCACGUCAGUGGUCAGUGGAUUGUUCAUUGAGCGCGAUGGGAGAAAGGCCUUGUUGUGGAAAGGGUACGGCCUAAUGACGCUGUGGUCAGCCCUGCUGUGCGUCGCCCUGCCGCUUCAGCAUCAGUUCACCUGGUUGCCGUACUGCAGCAUAUUCCUCAUCUUUGCCUAUAUUUUCAGUUACGGCAUUGGUCCAGCGGGUGUGACCGCAAUCAUUCCCUUUGAAAUCUUUACUCAGCCGUACCGGCCUGUUGCCUUCAUGAUCAAUGGCUCCUUCCAGUGGCUGGGACUCGUCCUCAUGGGAAUGAUCUUCCCAUUUAUUGUGGAGGGAUUGGGCCCAUUCUGCUUCCUCAUAUUCCUGGGCGACUGCUUGAUCAUCGCCGUGUUCGUCUUCAUUAUUUUGCCGGAAACUAAAGGGAAAACUGUUCUGGAGAUCACCGAAGAGUUUCGGAAAAUAAACCGCAAGAGGAUGGGAGGCAGCUCGGUGGCAAUUCGCAGGAAGCUCUCACAGAAUGUUCCAGAGGUCUUUGUCAUUGCUACCAAACUGUAAGAGGUCAGCAUCAGAAGCUGGGACAGAUACAGCCGCUGGAAGGGGGUGGGUGAGAUGCAGCUCUGACCUUGUAACCUUCUGCAGGCUGAAUUUCCAGUCAGUCAGUGGACAUUGUGGAAACUACUUCUACAAUUGGAACCAAAUAAGGGUCAGGCACCAAGGCUCUGAAUGUUGGAUUUGUUAUAUUUUUGAAUUUACAAGGCUCUAAGUAGUCUGACUGCUUUUGCCCUUUGCUGUUAGUGGGUUUGAUUCACUCUGUAUUCUCAGUUGAGUUGUUGGUGUGGGUUGCCAACUUCAAAUGUGAGGAGCCUACUAUAAAUGCGGAAUAAAGAAGUGCCUUCUGCAGUCUCAGGUUGAGCAGAGACAUUUUAUGGUCUGGCAAGUAACUAAUGUAGGAAGCACAGCUGUCAAUGUGUGCAUAGCGAGCUUGCAUAAACAGAAAUGUGAUAAUGGCCAAUCUGUUUUGUUGGGAUAAAAUUUGUCUAGUGAGAAUUCUGCUGCUCCAUGGAGUAGUAUCAUGGGAUUUUUUUUUUGAUACCAUGCAAGAGGGCAAAUGUGCCUCAGUGGUCCUCUGUGCUGAUAGGAGCUUGUUGUGCUUAAGAAUGUGGAGCAGGACAAACUCAGGGUUUGUAAAUCAGGGAGAGGUGCUUCCAUCUGAGCCACAGCUGAGGGGCAAACGUUGGUCACCUGCCGGGGGAGUGGGGUUUUGCUGAGACACGGGUUUUGGUGGUGUCUCUAAAAUCUGAAUAUUCCAAGGUGUUCACUGAGUUGCCUUUAGUCUCUGUUGAUUUGAUUCUGGGUUUUUGUACCAGUGUGUCACAGACAAUAGGAAAAGUUAGAUUCACAAGAAAUGGUUUCAGUAAAAAUGAGCACGAAGCUGUCAAGCUAGUGUACAAAUUUCCCACUAUAUCCUUUAGGGAGGGAAUCCUGCCAUUCUGUGACCACAGUCCUUCACCGCCUUCUGCCAUGGUCUAGGAAGCCUUUUGCUUGUCCGGUUUCUAUAUGCUCCUAAAUGCUAUUCACACCUUACACUGCACAAGCAUUGGCUGGAAACAGAAGAUUCUGAAUUUCAAUAACUAGUUGGCACAUCCCUCCCACUGCUCCCCACUCAAACACAACACCCUCUGAUUUGGACUUGGAGCAGUAGGACAAUGAAUGUCCAUUCCACAUCUCUCCAAAGUUCUACUUCCACUGGUUUCAAUUUGCAGAAAGUCGAAGUCUACAGACAGGAUGAAAACUAAGUGAUCAACAUAGAUUUGGAAAAUUCAGAGUGGGUUUCUCUACUUUGGGGCUUACUUUUUGGGACAUAACUUAAACUUUGAUCGGAGACUUGAGCUGUCUCAAUGGGAUUUCAUUUUUCUGCUCAGCCUUUAGUGAUGUUUGUGUUUGUUGGAGAGGUUUAGGGGCUCAGUGACUUCCUGUGAUUUUAUUUGAGGUUUCUGACAAGGCCUUUCACUGGUCCCACAUGGCGCAGGGAGAACGUGUAAAUUCCACAUAGAUAGGGCAGCACGGUAGUCUAGCGGUUAGCGUGACGCUAUUACAGCGCCAGCGACCGGGGUUCGAUUCCCGUCGCUGUCUGUAAGGAGUUUGUACGUUCUCCCGUGUCUGUGUGGGUUUCCUCCGGGUGCUCCAGUUUCUUCCCACAUUCUAAAAGACGUAUGGUAGGUUAAUUUGGGUUUUAAAAAAAUGGGCGGCGCGGACUCAUUGGGCCAGAAGGGCCUGUUACCACACUGUAAAUAAAUUUUUUUAAAAAAUUUAAAUACUACCUGAGGUCAGACUCGAACCCAGGCCCCUGGAGCUGUUGAGGCAGCACCACUACCUGUGGCACCACUGUGAAUCUGAAUAUUAAGUAAGCCACUGAUAUCAAUAUCCACGGUGCCCUGCGGUUGGAAAAUGGCCAUCACAAUCAGCAAUGGGUACGUUUGACCAGUGAAAAAUGAGACAAUGCUGGCCUUGUUACAAACCUCAAAUAAAAUCACAGGAAGGCACUGAGAUUAUAGGGACACAGUUUUGUUAACAGGUCACCAGUUACUCCUUCCACUACUUUCCCUGUCUUCACUACAAGACACAUUACCUUCACAACGAUCAUACUGCAGAAACCUGUGCUCCUCUCACUUCACCAGACAUUAUAGUGAGGAGAUAAUAAAUGGUAGGCAGAGAAAGACAUUUUCUAAAAAUAUACUAUAUUCAUAAUAUGUACAGUAAAUACAAUUGGACAUGUCCUUCCCUACGUUCAUUCUGUCAGCAGUUCAACACCUUUUCUGACGAAGCAUCAAAACCACUCGCACGCGCAGGUUGAGAGAGAUUAUUCAGCACACUCUUCUUGUUCUUGGUCUCAAGACCAGCUGAUUUCUCGCUUUACCGGCAGUGGUUGUGGUUGUUGGAGGGCAUGCAGGUUCAUGUGAGAAGCCUCAACAACUUAACAUAACUCGUUUACAUUGGAAGGGCAGCCCCACCAUACCUUCAUGGUGAACCUAAGAUGAUGAGUUUACAUUGGCACUGCACGGGGAAUUCCUUCCAAAGAGUUCACUGUGAUUUUCCUUAUGUCAGUAUGUGAGCACUGGGAAGGUACUGGCUGACCUCAACAGGAACUCAAGCCACUUGUUUAUCAUGGAGCGCUCUCUCUAUCUUGCCUUAUAUUUUCAAGUCUAUUUAUUUGACUUAAUAAAAGAUUGAUACAGUUGCCUGUUGAGGACCCAGUGACCUCUGCUGAGAACCUCUCCACAUCAAGAGUACUAGAAUGGGUACUGAGCUGGGGUGGAGUUUCCACUUUCGCGUCAUGCUGUGCUGUAUCCUAGUGCGCCCACUGUACUCCUGAUGUAUUCUGAUCUAUGUUCUGUAUUAAUUGUUUACGGUUUAUUAGUUAAUGUUUUACAAUAUUACUUCAAACUACGACUUUACCUAUUGUGAAAAUAUGUCCAAAAAUAAACUUAC